AUGACUACCCUUACAUUCCAGGACACGUGGACAAGCUUUGAAGGUACGCCAACGAGCGUGCGAUGCACAACAAGCCCGCAUAGGGACCCGAUAGUAUCACAGGACCGCAAAACUGCGCUCUCCAUAGCCAUAUACUUGAACUGCGGAGACUUGUCCAGUGGGGACUCAAGAACGUAUCUACAAGGUUACUGCUAUGGGAUAGAGUUUGUUGGACGCGUCCAGAGCACACCAAAGAGCAAUGAGGUCUGCGUAGCAGACCUCAUCGAAAGUAAUGACCAUCAGAUCCACGAUCUUAUUCACAAGGUUACCCGCAUUUUGGUUCUCAAAUACCAUAGACCAUGCUACGUACAAAUUGCUUCGAAAACGGCAGAAUUCACAUUAAACGGAGCAGAUCAAAUCAACAUGCUACAAAACAUAACGAAAUGUAUAGACAGAAACGUCAAGUAA